GUCAAAUCAUGCUGCUUGUCAGUCAGCUUUCAAAAGAGUGGGCGGUUCUCCCAGAGUUCCAUGUAAAUAACAGAGACAUGUUUCCUGCUGGGAAAUGAGAUAUGAGACAAAACAUGCAGUCUCCCUCCUCUCUCCAUCCACAGGGUAAUGAGUGUGGAUUUUUCACAUAUUUCUGCAAGAACAAAAUGUUUCAGCAUGUUAAUUGUAUGCGGCCACAUGGAAUGAAUGAGAAACUUUCUCUCUGAAGGGAAUUAGAUGGCUUGUGUUAAAGUUUAUUUGUGCUCCAACCCAGAAGAAUCUGUGGUUGAGAGGAGGUUACUAAGGCAGAGAGUUUUCCCCAGACUGAGGGAAUACUGCAGAUGCACGUACGGAGUCGAGUUCAGAGGUAUUGACCCGUAUGAAGCAGCAGAACCCAAAAACUGGCCUUCGCAGAGGAAACGACUGCAAAUUCUGGAGGACUGCAGGAAGAAUUCUCUGGGGCCUUUCUUUGUGGGGUUGGUGGGUGAACAGUAUGGAGAUGCAUGUUUACCUGAGCAGAUCGAAGCCUCUGAGUUCCAGCAUGUUCUCAAAGUAUGCCAGCAGAUGGGCCUUAGGACUGAGAUUUUGGAGAGAUGCUACCAGAGAGAUGAAAAUGCCAUUCCUCCCUCUUUCUGUAUUCUAAAUCCAGCAGGACAUUUGAAACACUCUGGUGUCCAGCGAGAGAAUCCAAAUGAAGAGAACAACUGGUGCGAGGUUCUUCCAGAGGUGAGGAGAAUCCUUCAUGAUGUUGUGACCCAGUGUGUUCAGGAGGGGAUUAUGACACAUGAAGAAGCUCAGAAAUAUUUCCGAUCAGCUCUUGAAAACGACAUCCGCUAUGCAUAUGAAGACCAUUCCAGUGAAGAUAUUGCAAGAUGUCUUUGCUACGUUCAUAAAAUAACUAACCCAAGGAAAGCAAUUGGAUUGCCUCCAGAGAAACAAGCCCAGUUGCACCAGCUGACCCAGCUCCGAGACCACUUCCUGCCAAGCAUGGUUGCUUUCCACAAAGCCCAGGUGUACAGCACCACCACGAAGUGCAAUCAUGGUUACACACCUGAGAUGAGGCUCAACUUCGCUGUUGGUCUGAGUGAGCAGCUACAUACAGAUCUCAAGAGACUCAUUGACAGUGCUGUCUCAAAUGAGAGGGCUGUUACAGUCGAUGAAUUUGGCCAGAGAGAUCUGUGCCGCAUCUUUUCUUCUCUUUACAGAAUUGAACGGGCAGAAGUCGAACAUGUCAAAUCAUACCUAGAGGGAAAAAGUACAAAAUUUCCCUUCAUACUCAACGGUAGACCAUGCUCAGGCAAAACUGUGCUUCUGGCUCACUGUGCAAGUCAGGCAUCCGUAUGGUUGAAGAACCUGGAUCCCGAGAUCCUUGUGUACUUCAUAGAUGUCAACAACUCACUGAGACAGCUUCUCAAAAACAUUUGUAAAAGGGUUGAUUCAAGUAGUACCUGUGUCAACAACAUCUUUCAGCUAAAAGAAAAUUUCAAAAGACUCCUGACCGCAAGAUCACCAUCCAAGAAUCCUUUGGUGCUCAUCAUAGAUGGUCUUGACCAACUGCCAAAGACUGAUGGACAACUCGACUUGACAUUACUUCCCGAGUCAUUAGCUCCAAAUGUAAAGCUUCUCAUUUCUAUAAAUGUAAACCGGCUUGAUCUUCUUGCUACUCUGAAGAAGUAUUACCCAGAUUCAACUGUGUUCUGUGAGCUGCAUGAAGUAGAAAGUAAAAGCUGCAGCCAGCUUCUGACAAGACUUCUUCAGGAGUCCAACAGAAAGAUCACCUCAGGCCAACAGAUGUAUGUGAAUCAGGCUUUUAAGAAAUGCUCUGUCUCACUAUAUGUGGAACUCCUUCACAGACAGACGAUCCACUGGAAGUCAGAGUUUGAGAUUACGGAGAACUCUCUGGUCCAAGAGGUCCAUAAUAACAUUGUUCUGAUGUUUGAUCAUCUGGAGAAGAAGCAUGGGAAAACUGUAGUCUCCAAAGCUUUAAGCUAUCUUACCUUGGCCAGGUACGGCAUGACCGCAGCUGAGCUGACUGAUGUUCUUUCUUGUGAUGAUGAAGUUCUCGCAUCUUUCCUUCCACCAGGCGAUAGCGUACCACUUACAGUGAGGGUUCCUGAAGUUUUUGUGGAAAGUCUUCUUUCAGACCUGAAGGGGUGUCUAGUGCUGAGGAACAUUUUAGGUACCCAAACUCUUUUCUGGGUCAGCAGACACUUCCCCUUGGUCGUAUGUAAGAGGUACCUGUGCUCAGAGGAAACAAGUCAGAAGAUACAUCAUGUGCUGUUAGACUAUUUUAGUGGCUCCUGGGCAAAUGGCACAGCAAAGCCUUUGAUCGUCAAUGAAGACAUGAAAAUGCCAAGCUCUUCAGAUGCCCCACAGAAUAUUAACAUUGACAGGCAAGUACCAAGUCAACCUUGGAUUUUUUCUCCUCCUUUCUAUAUCUCUGCUGCCAAGAGUCCAUCAGCAAGAACACAUCCCAAUUUGAGGAAACUCCACAUACUCCCUUUCCAUUUGUUGAAAAGUGGGAGAAUUGAGGAGCUUGGUAACCAAAUGAUUUCUCAGCAAUACCUUCAGGCAAUGCUGCAAGCAGAACUGGCUGACGAACUGUUCCUGUGGCUUGAGAGGACAUCUCAAUUGCUGUUUCCCAGGGAACUUCAGCUACUCCACAUCAUCUUGAGAUCUUCAGCUUGUCUGCUGAGGAACAACCCUGCCGAUCUGCCAACAGUACUGCAAGCCAAACUUAUUCCUUUUCUGAAUGUUUUUCCUACAUUGGAAGAAUGUGCCAAUCCGCCAAGGUCUGAAGGUAUUAUCCCAAAAAAUGGAGUGUAUACUGUGUUGCCUCCAGUUCCUGCAGUACCUUACACCCACUGUACACCGCAAGAGUCGACAGCUUCCCGAAUCAUACAGUCAACUGGAUCUUCCUGUGGCACUGUGGUGGUUGUACUGGAGAAUGGUGCUGCUUGGGUUUGUAAUGGAGGUAUAUUUGAAGGCUUCAGACUAACCCAAUCCUCUAAACUGCAUUUCACGAGUGUCAGUAGCUCUGGAAACAAAUUCCUUCUGAGCACCCAUUGUGGUAAACUUAUCUUGUGGGAUGCAGGUGUUAACACAAAGCCUCAAGAAAUUCAAACCCAAAACAGGGAGAACACCAUUCUUGAGGGUGUCUUGGUGUCUAAUGACAAACUCUUUGUAUGGUGGAGAGGACAAAACAUUGUUAAUGUAUUUGUCGAUAGAGAGGAACAGACCGAACUGCACUGCACUUAUGAGAUAACCUGUGUGACAUGUUCUGAGGAAGGUGAUAUAAUUUACUGUGGACAGAAAGAAAGUUCUGUGACAAUAUUUGAUUGGUCCAAUGGUCAGCUUCUAGCCACCUUUACUUGUCCAAAAGAAAUGCCAUUAAUUGAUAUGAUUCUCUCUGAGGGUGACGGGAUGAUUACAUGUGUAGAUCAAGCAGGAAACAUGUUUGCUUGGAAUCUUAAGAUCAUAACAGAACCAGUUCUGAUUUGUGAGAACCACUGCACAACCCAGGGGAAGGUGUUAAAUACAGACUACAAAGGGGACAAUGUUCUCCUAAUAUGUAAAAAGCAACAAAUGCAACUCAUUGACAUUCAUCAAACUGAUGUACUUGACCAAUUCAAUCCCCCAAAAGGCAAAACAUUUAAGAAAGCCAUAAUGGAUCAAAACUCACGCUUCAUCCUUGCUUUACUGUGCAAUUGCCCGUUUCUGCUGGUCUGGAAUUGUGCCUCUGGACAGUGUGUGUUGAGUCUGGACACUGCAAACUGUCAAGCUGUUAAACUUCUGAAAUGUGGGGCCACUUACCUGGCAGCAAUAACAAGCAUAAGUGUUCUUAUUUGGGACAUGGAUCUCAUUACAGCUUCAGCAUUGGCACCAAAAUCUGGAAAGAGGGUGGAGAUGGUGGCUGUGGGAUCUCAUGGAGAAAGUUGUUACUCUUCGGAUGGCUCCAAACUUAUUUGGAAGUGGGGGGUAUCAAGUGGCAAAUUAGAAGGCCACUUCCUUCACCAAGGUACUGUGGAGUCUAUGUCUGUCUCUGGAGAUGGCAACUACCUUGUGAGUAUUGCAACUGGAGACAUAUAUGUCUGGGAAACCAGUAGUGGGGGAAAUAUUUACAGAAUCUCUAAUAGUCAAGCUUACAAGGUUCUAAUAACACCCAAGGGCAACUCCGGAGUUGCACUAUCAGAGACAGGUCCAUCAAGGGUGUGGAAAUUGCAGAAUGGACAUGGGAUUUGCAGCAUUCAUCUUCAUCUCAGAAAUGCCACCAUUUCUCCAGAGAGCACCUUCCUUUUAGGACUUCACAGUGGGGAUCUCUUGGCUGUUAGCCUCUGGUCUGGUAAUGUAAGCAAAUGCUUCUCAUGCUCUGACCGGUCACAUGUUGUUGCUUUCCAUUCUCUGCUUGACCAUCCAGAUUACGUGAUUGUAUCUUCAGCCUCAGGCGAUGUAUACUCCUGGAGGUUAACAGAGGAUACUAUUUGUCAUCAAUUCCAGCUGCCAGACUCUUUUUUGUGCCAACCGGAGAUAUUUAGACUAUCAUCAGAUGGAGGUUAUGCCCUCCUUUCAAUAUCUGAAUCCACUAUAAACAUCUUAGAUUUCUCCAACAGUAAACUGUGCUCUUUGAGAACCGAAGGACCUGUUCUGCAACAAUAUGCAUCUGUAGGUGUUUUUGGACAAUAUGUGGUCUAUAUAUGUUUCUCCUCUCUGGUGUGCCAAAAUAUAUCCUGUGAUCUCCAUGAGAAGCCGAUGCUGGUAGCCAUACGUCUGACUGAUGGGGAGACCGUAGGCAGGUUCUAUUUGUGCAAGAACCCCUCUACUAUGACUGUUUCUGAGGAUUUUUUUGUGUAUGUGGGGUUUCAGGAUGGCUCUGUUGGGGUUUAUUCUGUUAAUGACACCAAGAAAGGUAAAAGCAGCUGGAAGGAGGAUGUUCUAAGCCCAACACAUUUGUGUCCAAUGGAUGAGCAAUUGAUUUGGUCACCUCUAGAAAAACCUAACCUUACUUGGGUUGAAUUGCCCCUGCAGUUGUAUUAAAUAAUUCCAGUGUGUAGUUCUUUUACAAUGUUCUAAAGUGCUAAGACCGCAUUUGUAAUAUGUGUUAUACAUAUGUUUAUCAUAUUAAAAAAUGUAAAUAUGUUCACUUGUCUCAUACCUCAGGAUUCAAUAAGAUGAGAAAGCAGGUGUGAAAAUUAAGCUGUACAAUUUUAUACAAAAUAAAAUUCUCUCAUGGAGUAUCACA